UAAUGUGCGCGAUUCGUUAGCCAACACUAUAUUGAGAUCCUUUGGCGGGCAUAGACGUGUAUAAUAAUUACAGGUACUAACUAAAACAGGUCCGAUCAUUUUUUGUGGCUUCAAGUGUAAAUAGUGGCUGAUAACAUGAGAGGUUUUAUAUUUGUCAGUGCCAUUUGUCUGCAAUUGACAUGGAGUUAUGGUGCCCCAGAAGGAGUAGGAGCAUAUGCCUAUCAAGACUCAGCAGGCAAUAGAAUGAUUGGUAGAAGAUUUUUCUCGGACUCCGAGCCAUUACCGCCCCUACCUCCACUGCCAUUUAUGCCACCGUUGCUACCUCUACAACCGUUUAGGUUUCUACCACCGCUGCCACCAUUAUUGCCACUACAACGAUCUAACUUUUUGCCGUUCCCCCCUUUAAAACCAUGGAAUAAUUUAGAUUUAUUCAGGGCAUUCCAUUCAAAUUUAGAAAACCAAAGAAUAGCAUUGAAUGCAGCCAGUAAAGCUUUUGACUUAACGUCAAAUCAAGCUGGUUACAUUCCGAGUUUCCCGCACAGGUCUCCAUUCAACAAUUUCCCAGGAUUUGGUGUGAUUCCAAGCUUCCCGACAUUUGGAAUGUCAAAUUUUCCGAACAGCGCCUUUGCGGGAGGAGCAGCAGGACCAGGAUUUACUCACCAAAUCGCUUCGAUUAAUCCAUCCAACCCUGACAUGCCAAACGUAGAUGUUAUGAACCGCUUCGCUGAUGUUUCACAAACGCCUGGAGGCAAUUACGUCGCCAUGAGCUCCCGAGCUUAUUCCGUAUCAUCCAACGUCAAUGGCAAAGAAUACAAGGACAGGGGAGCAGAAACCACCGUCAACAACAACGGCAAAAUCACCACAUACAGAGUUAAGAGUUAAACAGUUGCAGUGUCAAGUGCAUAAGCUCCUAAAAUAUCUAAGCAACCGUUUCGUGAUACAGAUCUCAAAAUUUAUAACGGAGUUAACAUGUUGUCACUGAAUUAAUUGUAAGUUGUAAUUAAUUUUAAGUGUUUAACAUAUAUUAUCAAACAUGUUUCUAGUAUUAUUUCGCUGUUAGCGAUUUUGUAAAAUUUUGAACUAAAUAAAGUUCGUACCGUCAAUCGUG